GGGUAACUGCAAUGCUGAUCGACCUGCUGCGGAUAGGGACUGAGUAUAGGUGGGGGGAAAAAGAGCAAGUUGCCUUCUCCACGCUCAAAACUUUUCCGUGCUCAGCCCCUGUCCUUCAGAUCGCCGAUCCUCACCAUCUCUUCGAAUUCAACACUGAUGCUAGCAACAUCGUCAUUGGAGCAAUAUUGUUAUACGACUUUGGCGAAGGUCUGCAGCCAAUCGCGUACGAGUCACGAAAGUUACACCCGCUCGAGCAAAACUAUAUGAUACACGACAAGGAGAUGCUCGCGAUCGUGCACGCUUUCAAUGUGUGGCGAUGCUACCUGACAAGCGCGGACGUGACAGUACGGACAGACCAACGCAACCUACAGUACAUUUGUCCACAGCCACUGCUCAACCCGCGAUAGAUUCGCUUAACUUCGUCCUUCUUCGCUGCAGCAGUCGUUACAGUAUGGGGGGGUCCUUUUUAAGUUGGCAUCCUUGGAUUUGUACGACGUCUUAAAGAACCACCUGCUCCGUCGUUACUCAGAACGACAACUCCUUGGCGCGCAGCAGAUUCUUCUCGACCUUGAUCUUCCACAUGGCCUUGACGUCAGACGUCUUGAGCGCCUUCCACGUGGACCCGUCGUUCGACACCUCAACGCCCUCCAUGCUUCCUAGGCCAGUUGUGCCCAGAAUCUGCACCUUAAACUCCUUCUCGUUGGACGUUCUGAGAACCCAGACCGCGAUGCGCGACGCGUUGCCGCAUGGCGCUUGCUCGUACUUAAGAUCCACCGGCUUCUUCUCCGUAUACUUGGAGUUCUUGGUCCACGCCGCAUGGGAAAUGAUAAAGCUCGUGUCGUCCUUCGAAACGCCCACCACACGGACCUUCACCUUGGCGUCCGCAGCCGCGCAGCGUGAGUCGUUGACGCUCGAAACGAUGUAGCACGUGCCGUACGUGGCGCCCUUGUUGAAGAUCUCCUUGGGGACUCGCGCGACCUUCCCCUCGUCGAGAAGCUCGCUCUUUGUCGAAGGGCGUCCCACAAUAGUCGAAUUUGCCGCCAACGGUGUUGCCGAUCAUGCCUUGAUACUUAGCCUUCGUGCUAGCAGCCUUAAGCAUACGGCAGAAGCUUCCGCUGCUGGCGAUAUCCGUGUGGAGCAGCGUCAGCGCAAGCACGAAGGUGAGAACGAAGCGCAUGGUGCAGGCGCCUGGAAGGCCCAUUGACGAAUCAUGCAAUAGUUGGGAUGGUAUGAGAUAUGAGUGAGUUGCUGCUAGAAUGCGGAUUGGCUUGGAGAGACGAGUGAGUUACUACUGCUUUACUUGUCGCACCAAGCUCCCUUCUAUGUGUGAAAAUAAAAAAUCAGAGGGCGGUGAGGGCCUUUGCUGCUGGGGAAUGCGGCAAGGCGGUCCGCGGACAAGCUUAGCAUGCGCUACAUCCUUAUGGUCCCACCGCGGGGAACUGAAGCGGUCAUCAAUGGUGGAAUGGGGGAAGGAUGGGAGGGUCGCUGGGACGGAAUGGUGUGGUAGCACGGAGUGCUAGCAAAGGGGAGGGGGGCCGUUGUAUGGAGGGGCAGAGUGGGAGGUUGGGCUGCUGGGCUUCUGCAAUGCUGGCGAUUCGGGGCUUGUGUAUUUGUAAGCUGUGCGGGUGUGAGACAUAGUGUGCGCUGGUUCGUUCCGCAAAGUGCGGCGAGUGAUAGUGCAGGUCUAGGAGGGUGGUGUUAGUGUACAAAUUUGCAUGUACUGUAGGCUAUCUAGAGUACUCUUAGUUGACAAGCGCCUCCGGCAAGGCUACUUAUCGAUCUCCUCUAUCUCACGAUUUCAGAGUAGCGGA